AUGAUCAUGCUUAAAGAACAUCGAACCCCACAAGAACGACAGGAAGCGUUCGAGUUAAGCCAGAAUAACCCGGAUCUUCUGUUUAUUCAUGCUGCUCUUUAUCCGGCUAUUUAUGAACGAGAUGUGAAAUUGUUCGCCUAUCCAUUUAACUCCCCGACAUUUUGGUUUCUGUUGAAUAUCCAGAAGAACACCACACCGCUGGUGAUUGUAGCUCAAGACGGUGACUCGUACGACAGAAAUACUUUCGUGACUGCUUUGAAGCUGUUCAGUGAGAGGACGAAAAUCCUAAGGAAUGAAUCCCAGAUAGAAUUCGGUGCCGAAGCUCAUCUGAUGCAUGAGAUCGCAAAGUUCGUGAUGAAUGCGGAAGGCCAUCAACCUGGUUCACGCCGCGAACAUCACGUAUUCUACAUGUCUCCCGAUCAAAUGGAAAGAGUCGAGAAGGUGGAGUGCACUUUGCCAUACGGUUUUGAGGACUCGCAUCUCACGCUGGAUGACGCUGAGGAAAUUGCUUUUCAGUCGGAAUACAAGCAACCGGUUGACUUAAUCAGACAAAGAAUAAAGUGUCUACCCUCGUCAUGUAUCCGCCAAAGUUCGUCCGGAAUGAUUGUAUCACGCGAACUGCGGUCAUUUAGUGGAGCAAUGGUCGACCAGUAUACAGUACCUGAGUACCGACGACAAGGACUUGGACAAGCAGUUGAAAUAAGGCUGGCACAGGAAAUUAUAAGCGUAGAUGAAAUACCGUUCAAACUGGUGCCCACAUUCCUCACGUCGAUAUUGCUUUCCUCACAAGAGUCUCCAUUCUGGUCGAUGUGGUCCCGGAAUACAUUUCCAGUAUCGUUUGUUCUACAAACUUUCAGUAAAACCUUAUAG